UCCGCUCGCUCGCCGUUAGGGAGGGUCUGCGCCUCAGCCACUGCUUCCUCAGUCGCCGCUCCUGCCCCCUCUUCUGCAUCUUUGCCGCCGCCACCGCCGGGGGCAUCCGGGGGUAGCUUACCGGGCUGGCCCCGCGCCGCAGCCGUCGCUUUAGCGUCCUGCCAGCGGCCGUUACAGGAGGAGGCUCGCCGUCCGCGGAGCCACCUGGGGCCUCAGUUCUCGCUCUACUGCCGUCGCCGCAGGUCCUGGAGAAGCGGCCGCGGCCGGGGAACGGGGCGUCGCGCUUCCAACGAUUAACUGCUGAAGUACUGAUCGAGUUCUGCGUUUCUUCAAUGAGGAACUACAGGCUGAUCUUCUGCCAUAAUCUCAAACAGCCAUAAAUGACAAAAGAAUGCUUGCUCAGUGAGGGUAGCUGGUGCAGAAGCCAUUUUUUAAACUUAGGUGUUUAAGUACUCAAAGAAAAGACAGCUUUGAUUUCUGGCUGCAAAAAAGAUAUGAGGAAGAGCUCCUCCCCUUCCUUGAGUAACUGCAACUCCGUUCUUGCUAACAAAAUAUUUGGAAUUCCACUUGAUGAGCUGCAGCAGGGAGGACAUCCAGACAAUGAGGUUCCGUUCAUAGUCCGCCACGUUGUGGACUAUAUUGAGGAACAUGGAGGUCUGGAGCAGCAAGGACUUUUUCAAGUCAAUGGAAAUGCUGAGACAGUGGAGUGGCUUCGGCAGAGAUACGACAGCGGAGAAGAGGUGGACUUGGUUAAGGAAGCAGAUGUUCCCUCAGCUAUUAGUCUUCUUAGGUUUUUCCUUCAAGAACUCCCUGAACCUGUUAUCCCUGGCAGUUUGCAUAUUCACUUGAUGCAACUUUCUCAAGAUUAUAAUAAUGAAGAUGAAUUUGGAAGAAAGUUGAGGUUCCUUUUACAGCAGCUUCCACCUGUUAAUUACAGUUUGUUAAAGUUUCUGUGUAGAUUUUUAGCCAAUGUAGCAUCACAUCAUGAAGAAAUUUGGUCUGCAAACUCUUUGGCUGCUGUCUUUGGUCCAGAUGUCUUCCACAUUUACACAGAUGUGGAAGAUCUGAAAGAGCAAGAAAUAGUGAGCAGGAUAAUGGCUGGACUUCUGGAAAAUUACUAUGAGUUUUUUGAGAAUGAAGACGAAGAUUUCUCAUCUAAUGAUUUAAGUUCAAUUACUGAACAGAAGGCAGGUAGCAGCGUUCUCCACAAGCUGGAGUCUGGAGAGCAGGCAUUUCACGAGGCCCUAGAGAAGGGAAUUACAGCAGUCAAAGAAAGAAGAGAUGUUAAUGAACUUUCUGAGGAAGAAGAGGAAGAUGAAAAGCUGGAACAUAUAGAAGAACUUCCAGAAGAGGGUGCAGAAAAAUCAAGUGACAUGGCAGAGGUGGUACAAUUAAGGAUGACUGAGAACAUACUGGAGCCAAGUAGUGUUACAGCAUCAACAAGUGCCCAUUUAUCUCCCAUCAGCAUCUUACCAGCCUCUGCAGACAUUUUAGAAAGAACAAUUAGAGCAGCUGUGGAACAGCACCUUUUUGAUCUGCAGAGCAGCAUAGAUCAUGAUCUUAAGAAUUUACAACAGCAGAGUCUGGUGUGUAAUAAUGAAGCAGAAAGUUUUAAUUGUGAUGGUGAAGGAUCUAAUAACCAGGUUGAUAUUGCUGAUGAUAUUAUUAAUGCCAGUGAAAGUAACAGAGACUGUUCAGAACCUGUGGCUAGUACUAAUUUAGACAAUGAAGUUAUGCAGCAAGAUUUUGUAUUUGAGGAUGAAGAAAAUAACCAGUCUGUAGGUAUACUGUUAGAGCCAUGCAGUGACCACGGUGAUAGUGAAGAUGGCUGUCUUGAGGGGAAAGAAUAUGUGUCAUUUGACAGUGAUACAUUGUCACACUUGAUUCUGGAUUCUAGUAGCAAGAUAUGUGAUUUGAAUGCCAACACUGAAUCAGAAGUGCCAGGAGGUCAGAGUGUUGGUGUUCAAGGGGAAGCAGCAUGUGGAACCCAAAUUCCACAUUUAGAUCUGAAGAAUGUCUCUGAUGGUGAUAAAUGGGAAGCGUCAUGCCCUAUCACUUUUCCCCUCAUUGAUUUCAAAACAAUGCAUCUGCAGAGAGAUGGGGAGGAGCCAUUUCCUGCUUUUAAGUCUUGGCAGGAAGACUCUGAGUCUGGAGAAGCUCAGCUCUCUCCACAAGCUGGAAGAAUGAAUCAUCACCCCCUGGAAGAGGACUGUCCUCCAGUAUUAUCACAUCGUAGUUUAGAUUUUGGGCAAAGCCAGCGUUUCCUACAUGAUCCAGAAACAUUGGAUUCCUCAUCUAAGGCACUUUCUUUUACUAGGAUUCGAAGAUCAUCCUUCAGUUCAAAAGAUGAAAAAAGAGAAGACAGAACACCGUAUCAUUUGGUCAAGAAACUACAGAAAAAAAUUAGACAAUUUGAGGAACAGUUUGAAAGGGAAAGAAAUAGCAAGCCCUCCUACAGUGAUAUUGCAGCCAAUCCAAAGGUAUUAAAAUGGAUGACAGAGCUUACCAAACUGCGGAAGCAAAUUAAAGAACAGGGACGAUGUCUGUUUGUUUACUACUGUACCACCAAUGCUUACCAGAAAAUCUCACUUUAUGAUGCAAAACACAAAAGCUCUGAUGGAGAAUUUGUACCUCAGACACGCCCACGUAGUAACACUCUUCCAAAAAGCUUUGGCUCGUCUCUGUACCAUGAAGAUGAAGAGAAUGAAGAUGAAUCCAGGGUCAUUCAGAAGGAGAAGAAGCCAUCUAAGGAAGCAACACUUGAACUUAUUCUGAAAAGACUAAAAGAAAAACGUGUUGAACGGUGUCUUCCGGAAGAUAUCAAAAAAAUGACAAAAGAUCAUUUGAUAGAAGAGAAAACGUCUCUCCAAAAAAGUCUUCUUUACUAUGAAAGUCAACAUGGAAGACCGGUGACCAGAGAAGAAAGGCACAUCGUGAAACCUCUCUAUGAGAGAUACAGACUUGUAAAACAGAUGCUGACAAGAGUUAGCAUCACUCCUGUUCUUGGAUCUCCAUCUUCCAAGCGAAGGGGUCAGAUGUUACAACCAAUCAUAGAAGGAGAAACUGCCCAUUUUUUUGAAGAAAUCAAGGAAGAAGAAGAAGAUGGUGUUACCCUGUCCUCUGAGCUAACUGAUAUCCUGAAAACUGCUGUGCAGGCACAAUCUUCAUUGGAAAACUCUGAAUCUGAUGUUGAAGAAAAUCAAGAAAAACUUGCUCUGGAUCUCCGAUUGUCAAGUACUCGAGCAGCUUCUAUGCCUGAGUUAUUGGAACAACUUUGGAAAGCCAGAGCUGAAAAAAAGAAACUACGCAAAACAUUACGGGAAUUUGAAGAAGCAUUUUAUCAACAGAAUGGAAGGAAUGCCCAGAAAGAAGAUCGUGUUCCAGUGCUUGAGGAGUACAAGGAGUACAAGAAAAUUAAAGCCAAACUCAGGCUUCUUGAAGUUCUUAUCAGCAAACAAGAUUCUUCAAAAUCUAUAUAAAAAUAUGCUCCUUGAAAACACCAUAAAAAUCAGUUGUAUUCCCUGAAGCUAUCAUCGUGUGUUGGCUGGUACUUGAGUUCAUUUUGUCAGGCACUCCGAGAGUAUCAUUUUGUACUUGGUUGUGGUGCCACUAGAGAAAGAUGGGAGGGUAAGUAGACCCUCUCUAGGGAGCGUGGUGUUCCAUAUUAACCACAGACUGUUCUCUCCACCUUUAGCAAACAUCCAGUUUUCUUCAUUGUUUUGUAGUACUACAGAUACACCCUGUUAGCAAGACUAGUACUUUAUUCUUUCAACUUCAAGAACUUUGGAGAUACGAGCUUUUUGUUAUCACCAACUUUAUUUUUAUUAUUUUUUUAAUUACUGAAGAAAAUUGAGAGGAACAUCUUCACAUUGAAUUCUUCGGUUGCCUUUUUCUUACAGAAUGACUGAAAAUUUGAAAGAAAAGCCUAUAAAUGUGCACAUAUGCAACUAUGUCCUAUGUUUUCUUAGAAAACCAAAAUCAACUGAAAUUUCAAGUCCUACUGUGGAACACAUUUCUGUUUAAUUUCCAAAGUGACACUUUCUCACAGGUAGUAUGUUAGCAAAAUUUUGCAAUUCAGUGGUCACACAGCUCCUGGAUGAAGAUAACAGAGGGCAGACCAAAAAGUGACCUUGUUUAAUAGUAUAGUGAAAACACACACCACACAUCCUACACAGAACUGAAUCAUAUCACAUGCUGCCUACGGGACAUAAGUUUCUGUUUGUUUCCUCAGUUACUGUUUAUUAGCUGGUGAUGGUGUGAUUUGUUUGGAUCAGAUCCUGUAUUUUUUUCCCCCUACCCACCUCCAGAUAAUGUGAGAAAAUAGCCAUGUCUAUGUAGGAACACGGAUGGUGCUCAGAUUUGUGUGUUCAAUUAGAUGGGCCUAAGUUGACGAAAGAAUCAUUAUGCCUGAAUUAAAUCUUUUCUUCACAAGAGCUAUACCACUGCACUUGUACGUGUACCUUCUGGGGGUUGCAUCUUUUUUUCUUUUUUAAUCAGAAAAAUCUGUAAAGAAAACACCCUCUGACAGGACCCUUUUUGCUCAGUCACAUGCUGUUUAAAGCAGUUCUGUAGUGGUAUGCCCCUUGUCAUAUACUCUUAAGCUUAUCUUUUUUUUCUUUGGCUUUGCAUGGCUUUUCUUCAAGUACUCUUCUGGUAUCAUUCUGCUAAUCAUUUUCACAGAUUGGUGACUUUAUUUGAGCUAAGAAUAUAGUCAAUAACAGCAUAUUCUGGUCAGGCUUAAUGUAAGUGUUAAUUUUUUUCCUGGUGCUUUUUUGGAUUGAUGAGUGUCUCACUUUGUGCCCAUGUUUUGCAUGCAUUGACUCAUGCAUGGUUUUCUUAACUAGCUGAUAUUAACAGUUCCAUAUAAAAAUGGGGAAUUCUGUGACAUUCUUUAAUCAAGUGAGGGAAGCAUGAACCUCAGACUUCUGGCACUCUUACAUAGUAAGCACAUGAAGUAGCUUGAUAAUAAGUAGUGUGUCUAGGAUUUCACAUUUCACCUGUGUGUGCAAUGCCUUUUUGGGGGGGUGGGGGAGGGAAUGUUCAUUGGUGGUGAACAUGUAGUUGGGGAAUAAAGCACUAAAUCCAGCCCUUUUCGUGUGGUUUCCUUUUGAUACAGCUAGGUUAUUCAUAAUGUGUACCUAGAAAAAAUGAAAUUGAAAAUGCCAAAAGAAGUAUCACUUUGAUUUGAAUCCAGCAUGCAGUGUGCAUUUAAUUUCUUUCAGUCUCUAGAAGGGAGUAUAUCCAAACAUCGAAUUUAAUGUGCACUGUAUAUUGUUUUAUAUGAAUGUUUUAUAUACCACAUGCAAAAAUGUCCAUAUGCACUAUUUAAAUGUUUUAAAUAAUAUAUUCCUUCUUUAUAAUGCUAAAAUCUAUAUGAGUACCAUAUUUUUAUAAGUCAAUGGCCUGACUGGUUUCAUUUUAGAAUUAACAGCUGCUUCAUGGUGUUGGUUACUCACUGUUCAUGUUUGGCUGCAGGUAGAAUAGAUCCAAGUGGCACGGCAGCACUUACAUGCUAUGUGACAGUGUUGUGUGUCAUAGUUGAGCAGUAGGUGGUAGAAUUAGUCAGUUUGUGAUAGUUUUACUUUGGUACAAGUAAAAACUAUAUCUAUAUACAAGUAAUAUAUAGAUAUAUAUGACCACCAAUAUAAUUGCAUUGCUGUGUCUGGCACUUCAUUGUAUAGACUUUUGUAAUAAAAGAACCUGAAUGUUCCAAGUCA